UGCGAAUGAAGUUCCGGAGCGACGCCGUCAGUUUCUCCGCGCCGGGACAGUGCACCCGACGCUAUUGUGGGUGUUAUUUCGAAAGCCGCUGUUAAAUAUAAGCAAACAUAAAUUGUUGAUUUUAACAUUGGCUUGGCUGGGUCCUGCAGGUGCAGAGUGAGUGUUGAAGGGUGAUGGAGAGCGGGGAGGACCCGGAGCAGGAUUUGGAGCUAGACCUGGAGUUGCACCUGGAUCCGGAUCCGGAUCCGGAUCCGGACCCGGACCCAGAGCACAGGCAGAAACCGACAGAGCAGGGACAAGAGCCCGAGCAGAAGCAAGGAGGAUCCCUUAACCUGAUCGAGUUUUCGGACGAGAUCCUACUGAACAUACUGGGUUUCGUACCCAGCUGUGACCUGCUGUUGAAUGUCAGGAAAGUGUGCAGAAAGUUAGCGGCCCUCUGUGUGGAUAAGAGCCUGGUCAACUAUAUCUCUCUGCACAAAGAGUACCAGGAAAAUGAUGCAAAGGUGACCUCACUACUGAAAGAAAUAGCCAGUAAUAUUCAGUUGUUGAAACUGAGUGGCUGCUAUUGGUUGUCUGGCUCAACCAUUGAUCUGGUAGCAAAGUGCAAAAACAUCCUGAAACUUGAUCUGACGGGAUGCCCCAUGACAUCGCUGCGACUCUCUAGGAUGCUGUCUGUACUACGGAAUCUUCGCUCUCUUGCUUUAGAUGUCAACAAAGGAUUUGAUGUUGGCCAGCUUAGCAGUGAAUGUAAGGCGACUCUUGGCAAAGUGACUGAACUCAAGCAGACGUUGUUCACCCCUUCCUACGGCAUUGUCCCCUGUUGUACCAAUUUGGAGCGGCUGUUGCUUUACUUUGAAAUCCCUGACCGGACUCGGGAGGGUGAAAUGCUCUCGGGCCAGCUGAUGGUUGGACAAAGCAACAUACCCCACUAUCAAAACCUCAAGGUAUUCUAUGCAAGGUUAUCACCAGGCUACGUUAACCAAGAAGUUGGGAGGUUUUACCUGUCGGUCUUGAGUAUUCGGACUCCUGAGAACCUGCAUGCCUUUAUCCUGUCUGUCCCUGGGAUAUUUGUUGACACUGGAUGCUCCACGCGGAAUUUCCUAGAUUGCAUGACCAAAAACUUCAGCCUGGAGGCGUUGCAACUCCCUCGUUCUUGGUUGAAUGGGUCAUCACUUCUGCACUCCUCACUUCUGCAUACCAUUACCUUGAGUAACCCAGUGUAUUUAAACUUCAGCCACUGCAUACUCUCUGGCUGCCAGCUGAGCCAUCAAAUAAUUAAUGGUGGCAAAAAUGUUCAGUCGUUGGUUAGCUUAAAUCUCAGUGGCUGUGUCCACUGCUUACUGUCAGACUGCUCUGUCUUUCGCAAGGCCAAAGAUGAUAUUGAUUUUGAUGUGGUGGAGGCACUGGUAAACUGUUGUCCUAACCUGAAGCACCUGAAUCUUUCUGCAGCUCACCACCACAGCCCCGAGGGGUCAGGUAAACACUUGUGCCUGCUGUUAGCGAGAUUGAAACAGUUGCGUUCAUUAUCACUCCCUGUGUGCUGCAUUGUGCAAAGUGCCAAAAAUGUUGACAAGCUGCCAAAUCACACAGUGUCUGCUCUGGGUACACAGUCAGUGCGACGGGGUCUGGGGAAGAAGGUUCGAAUUGGCGUUCCAACCUAUCCAAAGAAUAUUCAGGAGCAGCAGUUACUGAAUGUACCUUCAACUGUUUUUGGAACUCUGGUAGAAAACCUUGCCUUUUUAGAAGAACUUGAACUGAUUGGGUCCAGUUUUUCCUCGAAUGUGCCUCGAAAUGAGCCUGCCAUUAGGAACAUGCAACCACCCUGCGAGCGAGCACAGCGAAUCCGAGAUGAAGAAUUGAUGCUCAUUGGAAAAUUGCAGUACUUGCGCAUUCUAACUUUGGCUCAGCUUCCUGGCAUUCUUACUGGGUCAGGUCUGAUUGCCAUAGGAUUGAAGUGUCAGCAGCUACAGACGCUGUCUCUAGCAAACCUUGGUCUGUUGGGGAAUGUUGCCUACAUGCCAGCCUUGUGUGAAAUGUUGAAACACUGCAAACAAUUGAAGGACUUGAGACUAGAACAGCCAUACUUGUCAGCCUGUGCACAAUUCUUCCAGGCACUGAGCCACUGCUCAUCACUGAAACGAUUAUGCAUAGUUUCUCGUCAUGGAACUUUCCAGCAUGAUGCAGUUAUCUCAUUUAUGACUAGCUGCCCGGAUGUCAUCAUGUGCCACAUGUUCACAGGAGAAACUCUAGUGGCUUGCAAAAAGCUCCAGCAGGCACUGAUUCGAGGAUUUCCACUAUCUGCAUUUUUGUUUGGAUCUUAACAUCCAUACAGGGAUUGAUCAAUGUGACGUAUUUUGAACAUGUAUGGUAGGCAAAGAAGUUCAAUACAGAAGAUAAUCCUGCUUCAUGAUUCUCCAUAAAGACAGGACAGCUUUUUGUCUUUUAAAGGCAGAACAGGUGGAGUAUGCUUUAUGAUUAACUCGUCGUGUUGCACAAACAUGGUGGUUAUUUCUGGGUCCUGCUCACCCGACCUGGAACGUCUAGCAGUCGGAUGUCCAUUUUAUCUACUGAGGGAGUUUUCCACCAUUAUCCUGAUAGCGGUGUACAUUCCACCUCAGGCCAAUGUCAGGCAGGCACUGGAGGAGAUGAGCAAUGCCUUCGGUAGGCGCGAAACUGCACAUCCUGAUGCCCUCCCAAUCAUAGUGGGAGAUUUCAACCAGGCCAGCUCGAAGAAAUCCCAACCAACGUAUCACCCAGAGAAGCCAGUAGGUCACUGUUAUACCACCAUCAAGAGCACUUGCAGUGCCAUCCCUUGGCUGCACUUUGGAAAAUCUGAUCAUCUGGCUGUACUCCUACCCCCAGAGUAUAGGCAGAGACUAAAGACUGCAGCAUCAGUGGUGAGCACCAAGAGCUAUGGUCAAGGGAGGUGGAGGAGCACUUACAGGACUGCUUUGAGUCAGUGGAGUGGAACAAUAUUCAGGGAAUCAUCUUCAAGUCUGAAUAAAUAUGCCAUAGUUGUCAGGAACUUCAUCAAGACAUGUAAAUGAUUGUGUGCUUUCGAAAACAUACCAGCCAUACCCAAACCAAAAGCCGUGGAUGAACCAGGAGAUUAGUAGUCUGCUGAGGGCUAGAUUUGUGGCAUUCAAGACUGGUGAUCCAGAACUAUAUAAGAAGUCCAGGUCUGACCUACAGAAAGCUAUUUUAGGGUAUAAAAAGCAAUUCUGAUUGAAGUUAGAGACGAAACUGGAUGGCAGAGUUUGCAGGUCAUUACUUCCUACAAAGCAAAACCUAACUUCAUAAAUGGCUGUGAUGCUUCACUCCCAGAUGAGCUCAUUGCCUUUUAUGCACAUCUUGUAAUGGAUAAUAAAACUACACCUGGACAAAUCCCUGCAGCAUCUGGUGACCCUGUGAUCUCUGUCCCAGAGGCUGACAUCAGAACAUCUUAAAAAAGGGUGAAAUCUUGCAAGCCGUGUACCUGAUGAGGCUAUGAAAACCUGUGCCACUCAAACGGCAGGAAUAUUCAAGGACAUCUUCAAUCUCUCACUAGUGCAGUCAGAGGUUCCCACCUGCUUCAAAAGAUGACAAUCAUACCAUUGCCCAAGACAAGCAGGGUGAGCUACCCUAAUGACUAUUGCCCAGUGGCACUGAUAUCUACUGUGAUGAAGUACUUUGAGAGGUUGGUCAUGGCUAGAAUCAACUCCUGCUUAAGAAGGGAGCUGAGCCCACUGCAACUUGCCUAUUGCUGCAAUAGGUCUAGAGCAGAUGCAGUCGCACUGCCUCCUUACUUGGUCUUGGAUCACCUGGUCUAUGUCAGGCUGCUGUUUAUUGAUUACACUUCAGUGUUUUCAACACAAUCUUACCCUCAGUUCUAAUCAACAAGCUGCAAAACCUGGGCCUCUGUACCUCCUUCUGCAACUAGAUCCUUGACUUCCUUACAAGGAGACCACAAUCUGUGCGGAUCAGGAAUAACAUCUCCUUGCUGACAAUCAACACUGGUGCCCCUCAAGGAUGUGUGCUUGGCCCACUCCUUUACCCUCUCUGUACCCACAAUUGUGCUGCUAUGCACAGCUCAAGCAUCAUAUAUAAAUUUGCUGGCAACACAACUACUGUCAGAAUUUCAAAUGGUGAUGAGAAGACAUACAUGUGCGAGAUGUAUCAGCUGGUUAAGUGGUGUCAUAGCAAUGACCUUGCACUCAGUGUCAGUAAGACCAAGGAAUUGAUUAUGGACUUCAGGAAAGGGAAGUCAAGGAAACACUCACCGGUCUUCAUCGAGGGAUCGGAAGUGGAAAGGGUGAGCUGUCUCAAGUUCCUGGGUGUCAAUAUCUGAGGAUCUGUCCUGGGCCCGACAAUUACAAAGAAGGCACGACAGCAGCUAUAUUUCAUUAGGGGUUUGAGGAGAAUUGCUAUGUCACCAAAGACAUUCACAAAUUUCCACAAAUGUACAGUGGAAAGUAUUCUAACUAGUUGCAUCACCAUCUGUAUGGGGGGACUCUGCACAGAAUCAUAAAAAGCUGCAGAAAGUUGUAAACUGCCAGCUCCAUCUUGGGCACUAGCCUCCCCAGCAUCCAGCUUGCCUUCCAAAGGCAAUGUAUCAAUAAAGUGGCAUCCAUCAUUAACGUCUCCCAUCACCCAAGACAUGCCCUCUUCUCAUUACUACCAUUAAGGAGGAGGUACAGGAGCCUGAAGACACACACUCAGCAUUUCAGGAACAGCUCUUUCUCUCUGCCCUUUCUGAAUGGGCAAUGAAUCCAUGAACAUUACCUCAGUAUUUUUUUCCACUUUUUGUGCUACUUAUUUAAUUAAUUUUGUGGGGUUUUUUUAUUGUCAUUUAUAGCUUUUAUUAUUAUGCGUUGCAAUGUACUGCUGUCAUAAAACAACAAAUUUCACGACAUAUGCCAGUGAUAUUAAACUUGAUUCUGCUUGUUUUAAUUUGAAGGCGAUAGAAGUGGAAUACUCUGAAAUAGGUUGGAAGGUGUGCUCAUUGAAAUCAUUGGUAUUGAAGUCAUCUGCAAUGGCUUUGGAAUGUACUCAGUGAUGGGCAGGCAUGGAAAGGCCAUUCCACUAAAUGUUCAGUGAUUUAAGUCAGUGCCAUUUGACUGAUUGAUGAACAAGCACGCCACCUAGAGGCUCAACAGAAUCUGACCAGUUAGAAAUUUGCUGAACUGCAUUAAGCAGUUUCGAAGAUUCACUGAUCUGCAGAGCUAUCAACUUCUUAAUGGUAUUGGCUUUUAUUAUGAUUAAAUUUUUUAAAAAACAUCAUGCAGUUCUACCAGCAUUACCUCUAUUUCUUCCUUAAGUUUCUCUUCUAGUGCCAUUUAUUCACUGAGUGGGUGUAAUCGUUCAACAGUGUUUCCUUCUCUAGUCACAAUACAAAAUGGACUCCUAUCAAGUCAUCAGGAAGUCCAAUAUAAGUAUCUUGUGGUGCUCUGAACCUAUUUUGAACGUCUUGGGACUGUUGCCAGAUAAUCAUUCUCUAGUGUCUCUAUCAGUAACCUGCUGAGUGGGAUCAUAUGUGCUCAGUUCCAUUCAAAUCAAUCACAUUGUAUCCAAACAAUCAGCUAAAAUGGCUUAUUUUCCUGUGCCUUUGCAGUUACCCAUGUGUUUACAAAGAUAUGCCCUCAACCUCAUUGAAUUUUACAACAUUCAAGCAAGCAGUGUGAAUGUCUGCAUUUAUAUUGAUGAUACCCAUUUCCAACUGGGCAACACUAUUCUCAACCUCACCACUAAGUCUCCAAGCUCUGAAGUUGUAUUUAACAUGAAAGUUUCUGUUGUUCAAUGGCUAAGUGUGGUACUUUUUCAUAUUGAUCAAGAUCAUGGAGUUGGAUGAUUAUUGGGAGAUGUGGAAGGUAGCAGUGGUGAAAGUAUAUCUACUCACACAGGAGUUGGUAUGUAUGACAAAAUCUAUGUACUUUGCUAUCUUGUUAUCCUGGCUGGAGAUUGGCCAUUGGAAAGAGAUGAGGCUGCUAGUUCAGCAGUAAUCCAUACUGUGUUGAAGUUGCAGCCUCCAGAAGAGGAAGAAAGAUGACGGAGGAGAAAGAAACUCCUGCCUUGAGGAUAAUUAAUGUUGUGGAUGCAUUGUUCAUAUUCUUGGUCAUUUCUGUUUUUUCUUUUCACUACAAAUGGUUAAGACUUACUUCAAAUCCUGAAAUAUAAUUUUUAGACACCUAGAAUUUUGCCUUCAAGGUAAAGCUUCAAUUUUGAACCGCUUGUUUGCUGUAGAUCGGUAUUAAGGACUACAACCUUUUACCUUGUAAUUCUAAUGUAUAUUUUAUAUUACAAAAUAUAUGGAGGUAUGUCUCGUGUUACGAUAUUAAACUUUUUUAAGGUAGUUUUCCUUGGAAAUUAUAUGUAUAUAAGAUCAGCAAGAUUGUGAACCCAAGAGCGUUUAGCCGUACUGAAGAAUUAUAACACAAAUACAGCAUGCCCUGACACAUGAGAAAAGCACAGAUGUGCUCCUCAGUCAUUAGCCAUGCAUUACGCCUCAUUGGAGACCAGAUUUCUAGGCCCAGCUAGCGGUGUCUGUCAACUACAAUCUCGGCAGCAAGAUGAGAAUAAGCAAGAAAAUAAGGCAGCCUUUGUUCUGCAGCAUGAGCAUCACUGGCAACUAACUAAGUUAGAUGGAUUUACCGGUGGCGUACAGGCAUUCAUUUACUUGGGAAAUGGGGAGACGCCUUCAAGUGUUUGUGGACAACGGCGUGAUUCUUAAUUUUUCUAAUUUAGAGUAUUUUUGGCCCAGGCAAUUUGGAGAUGGUAAUGUUUAAUACAACUUUUAGAGGAUUUUAAUAUUGUUAUUGCUUCAGAUUGUAAGGAGUUGGAAAUAUGUUUUGUAAUGUACCUUUUAAAACGUGGCUCUAGAUUUUGCAAAACACAUUUUAGCUGGAAAAAAUGGAGAUCUCGUGCUCUUAAAACGAGCACAAUCUUGAAAGCAGUGGUUAACUGUGAGACUCUUUAAAUGCGUUGAAGUAAAUAAGUUUUUCAGGAGGAUGUUAACUUCAAACAAAAUGUUAUAGAGAAGUGUAAUAAUUUUUAUAACUUUGUAUUUAAAAUUCUUCUGUCAAUUGAUGAAUUUAUUUGAAUAUAUUCUGUUUCAUUUAGCAAGGAUUUUAACCACCUUUCCUCUGAAUCCCUAAGUAACAAAUGAAAGCUUACAGAGCAAAAUAGAAGGCUCAUGUUAGAAUUUGGGUACGUUGUUAAAUAGUGGAAUUUGAGUCCAAAAUGAUUGCUUGGACAGUUUUAGAGAAGCAGGAGUCUUGGGUGGUUUUGUUUUUCCGUCACCACCAAAUGGAUGCAGAGUGAAACAUAAAGUGGGAAUUGGAAAAAGGGAUUAUUUUAGUUUGCACAGCUCAAUGUUCAUUUAUCCAUUGAACCACAGGAAGAGGCAUCCUACAGUAGAAUUCAUAAAAUGCAAAUACCUUUAACAACUUCCAGCUGCUCCAGAGUGCUUUCUCCACUCUGAGCUCUCAAGCAGGUGUUGUCAGUAAGUAAUUUGUGUUUUG